AUGUCCAACAUCUUGAGAAGAGUCUUGUCUUUCGGAAGUCCCAGCAGAGCAACGUCCACAUCAACUCUCGAGGACGAGGACACCAUGUUCGACGUGCAGGAGCCAGAGCUCGAAGAAUCGGACCCCAUUCCCAAUUUCGCGGAAGAAGGCAUCACCGACCACACCGAAGUCCUUAUAGAACUCAUGCAAGGACCCUCAGUCUCCGUUUACGUCGGCAAAGCAGCGAAACCCAUCACGUUAUCCAAACGACUACUUAUGUACCACUCCCCCGUCGCUGCCCGCCUGCUCGCCAAGCAGACCACUCCCGAUACGCUCGCACUACGAGGCCAUGACCCUUUCGCAUUCACGCACAUCUACCGCUGGAUGCACCAAGACAAACUCGACAUCCUCCCCUAUUGCACCCGCACGGGCACCUCUCCCACCGCCAUCCAAGACGCCUGCACCCUUCUCUGCCGCAUCUUCGCCGCGGCCCGCUACCUCGACAUCGCCCCCAUUCACGGCCUCGUCUUCCAGGAACUCCGAGCCGCGUUCGCGAUCACUCGCGAUGCGGGGAAGAGCACGCCUGUGGCGCCCGGCACGGUGAUGGAAGUGUGGAGAGAGGGUGGAGAAGGGUGCGGGUUGUGGAAGGUGGUGUUGGAGGAGAUGUGUGUUGCGUUUACGCGGAAGCCGAUGGCGGUGUUUGCGGUGUAUGAUGAGUGUUUUGAGCGGAUUGAGCCGUUCCGGUUGGCGGUGGGGGAGGCGAUGACGGGUAGGAUCUUUUGGGGGGGCGAAGUGGGUGGGGUUAGGGUUGAUGAGAUCUAG